GCCGUCAGACAGAAGAUCAAGAGAGCUCUCAGCAUGCACGACAAGGAGACCNAACUUCGACGAGCAUGAGGAGCUCGAUGAGGAGACUACUGGCCACCUUCACAAGCAGCUCGAAGAGGCUGAGGCCGAAGACUCCAAGUACCCCCAGGGCAGACCUGGCUCCUUCCUCAAUCGCCUCAUCUCGCACGGCAACAAGAAGACCGAAGACCAGAUCGCUGCCGAGAUUGCCGCUGGUCCUCAGGCUUCCAGCACUGGUGCCCAGCAACAGCACCCGGCUGCCGUCCACGCCAACCCUACCACCGCUCCCAAGCCUGCUCACUCAU